CCCAGCAUAUUUUUAGUUUCUCAUUUUGAGGAAUACCAAUCCGAAUGGAGCAGCUGGUCAUUCACGUGCAGCCUCUGCUAUUCCUUCUGGUAUUUGCUCCUCCGGAGAUUUUCGCCCUUGAUAGCAUUCAACAUCAGUAGCCACUCAGUCCGCGAAUCUAGUUUGGGAAAACAUCAGAAUGCCAAACAUUCGUCGAAGGAGGGCUAGUCAUCACCACUCUCAGGGACUGGGCAGUCAAUUGGGUGUGAGAUACGAUUUGGAAGAGGAAUUCCAGAUGCUUCAAAAGGACGAGGACGUCAUUGCUUUGGAGGUUGUUCAGCUGAAGGAGGAGCAGGAAAGCUUUGAUAGAGAGAUGGGGGAUUUGAAGAGGCGCUUGGAUUUGACAGAGCGCAGACCUCAGCAGAUUCUCUCAAUUCUGGGCGCAGUUGUUAAGAAUCCGGGUAUAAUCACACAGGCUUCAGAGCAGGGCAAGCAUCAGUGAUGGUAAGAAAAGGAGGUGCUUGCCCUAUGAUGAGCACAAGGAAACUAGACUUAAAUUGGAAUCGGACGGGUCGAGCUCAAAUGCUUCGACUGCAGAUGGGUUUGUGCUGAGUACAAAUGCUCCGACUGUUGAUGGGUUUGCGGAUACUGGGCUUAGAAGAAAUGGAUUGAUUGUGGAUGGCUUACAAUAUUCCCCAACAGAUAUGUCUCUGAUUGACUCUGGAACUGAAGCUGAAUUGAUGGCUACUCCUUCACUAGUAAAUCAGCAAUUUGGGACUUGCCCUGAAAAAUCCGAGUAUGAGAUCGAAGUGGCUUGCGAAGGAAAUUACUUGGGUAUGGCUAAUUUGGAUGGUGUUCUAUGGGACGACAUGCUCAUCUAGGAAGCCCAAUUCACCAACUGUAAAGCAGGGUCAGCAAAGGGAUGUAUUAUUGUUAGAUAUUUUGUGUCUCAGUGAAAUGAUCAGAUGAAUUAUAUUGAUCACAUAAUUAAUGAAUUAGUUAGGCCGUCCUAAACAUUCUUUGAGGGCCAUCUUUACAGUUGGUUGAAGGAAUUCUACAGUAUUUCGGUGGGUGGUUCAUCAUUGGUGAAGCAGCUUAUUAUGGUCUGUAGUAAUAGGUAGCUUACAUGUUUGUCUGUCCUAUGACAGGUGAACAAGUAUAUUUAAUGUCAAAUAAAACAGUGCAGCAGCAGCAGUUUGCAGGUCAGUGGUCCCAGUUUUAACACAUUUGACAAAUUGGCUGUAUGUGAGGUCUCUAUUCUGCUGCUGGUUUAUGUUUGUAUGUUUGCCUGAUCUAAUUUUCAUGUUCAAAUUUUUGAAA